CAAAGACGAUUAUGACACAGUCCUCUCCCCAAAGUGUGCACAUACCUGCGGAGGCCAGGCGCAAAAGCACAGAGUGGCACUAGCACGGAUGGGGCGCGGAGAUUUUGAAUAUUUGAACUUUCCAUCAGAAUAAUGUCAAAUGACAGCACAAAAUCAGAACAUUCAUCUAGAAUUCAUCAGAAAAAUGAUCCACAACAGGUCUCUGAUAGAACAUUUUUCAUUGACGCUUCUAAUCAGAGCUUGCUUACCAUUCCAGCGGAGAUUUUAGGCUUACAAGAAUUAGAGGAAGUGCAUCUGGAAAACAACCAGAUUGCAGAAAUCCCCAAGGAUAUUCAGCAUUUAAGGAAUGUCAGGAUCCUCUACCUGAACAAGAACAAGCUGAAGAAUCUGUGCCCCGAGCUGGGGAAGCUGAGCAACCUGGAGGGCCUGGACCUGAGCGACAACCCGCUCCUGGCCUCGUCCCUUCGGGUCCUCAGCGGCAUCCGCAAGUUGCGUGAGCUCCGCCUCUACCGCACGGACCUGGCGGAGAUCCCCAUCCUCGUCUGUAAACACCUUCACCACCUCGAGCUGCUCGGACUGGCGGGAAACCACCUGAAAUCUCUGCCCAAGGAAAUGGUGAACCAGACCAAACUGAGGGAGAUCCACCUGAAGCGAAACCAAUUUGAAGUUUUCCCUCUGGAGCUGUGUGGUCUCUACAACCUGGAGAUCAUCGACCUGGAUGAGAACAAGCUAAGUGUCAUCCCAGAAGAGAUUGGGAACCUGACGAAGCUGCAGAAGUUCUACGUGGCGUACAACAGCCUGCCUGUUCUCCCGGAGUCGCUGUGCCAGUGUUCCAAGCUGUCGGUGCUGGAUUUAUCCCACAAUCGCCUCCACUCCAUCCCGCACACCCUGGCCGAGCUCUCGCAGGUGACGGAGAUUGGGCUGAGCGGGAACCACCUGGAGAAGGUGCCGCACCUCCUUUGCAGGUGGACCUCGCUGCACCUGCUCUACCUGCACAACACCGGCCUGCGGGUGCUGCGCCGCCCCUUCCGACGUCUGGUUAACCUGCGCUUCCUCGAUCUCAGCCAGAACUAUCUGGAACGCUGUCCGUUGCAGAUCUGUGAGCUGCAGAACCUGGAAAUCCUGGCGCUGGAUGAUAAUAAAAUAUGCCAGUUACCUUCAGACUUUGGUUUACUUUCAAAACUGAAGAUUCUUGGACUAACUGGAAAUCAGUUUUCUUCCUUUCCAGAAGAAAUCCUUUCUUUAGAGUCUUUAGAGAAAUUAUACAUUGGCCAAGAUCAGGGAGCCAAGCUUACCCAUAUGCCAGAAUGCAUUAGGAAACUACAGAGUCUUAAAGAGCUGUAUGUAGAGAACAAUUAUCUCAGGUACCUGCCUGUAUCCUUGGGAUCAAUGCCCAACUUGGAAAUUCUUGAUUGCCGCUGCAAUCUGAUUAAGCAACUUCCAGAUGCCAUUUGCCAAGCACAAGCUUUGAAAGAAUUACGGCUCGAGGACAACUUGAUCACCCAUCUUCCAGAGAAUUUGGAUAGUCUAGUGAAUCUAAAAGUUCUGACACUGAUGGGCAAUCCCAUGGAAGAACCCCCAAUGAUAGCGUGUGCCGAAGGCGCUGAGGCUGUAUGGGCAUACCUUAAAGAAAGAAGAAAUAUGAAGACAAUGGCAACAAAGAUUCAGGCAUGGUGGCGUGGAAUAAUGGUACGCAAAGGAUUUGGGAAAUUUGAAGACCUGCUGAAAUUGCAAAAGAAGGGAAGGUAUUCUCCAAAAGAUAAGAAAGGAAAGAAGGAUGUAAAAGGAAAAUCUGUAAAGAAAAAUAAGAAAUAAUUCUAUAAAUGUAUGAAUUGAGGUAAUGAACCCUGAUGGAUUAA